UUGAUUUUUGUUAAUUCCAAGUAACAUGGCAACUAAAGAAACUAAAAUUCAAACGCCAACGAUCAUCACUACCUAUUUCAAAUAAUACGAAGAGUCAUGGGACAUCUUAACAUCAUGUGUUGAGCUUCCUUCAUACCUACGGACGUUUCCACUCUUCAGUUCCGCCAUUUUCUCUUUGAUUCAUGUGUGGCAAGGGUUAUGUGGGUAUGCUCUUUUGAUCCAUCCUAGAUAAUCCUUUCAAGUACCCAUUUGGAAGGAGCGCAUCCAUGGAAGAAGAGAAUGUUCCCAAUUGGCUUUCUGCAAUAGUGGCUAAGAAUCGGGGAGAGUAUGAGCAAUUCAUGCAGAAAGUGGAGGAAAAGCACCGGGAAUUUAUGCAAUGGAUGCAGGCCAGCCAUGAAGAAUUUAUUCAAAAAAUGAUGCAGCAGAUUGCCAUUCUAGAUACCAAAAAUAGUACGAGUACUGGCCCUCCUAAUAUAAUUGAGGAAACAGACAAUAGUAUGCAGCAAGAUGCAGAGGCCAAGAAGGAUAUUCUCAUUAAAGAGCAUUGCUCCACAGAGAUGGAAACCCCAAGUUAUUUUCAGGAAGAGGAUGGUGGAGAAAAUGAAAGAGCAGAGAGUGGCAGAGGGUUCUGUUCAUGUCCGUUAAGAACUACAAGUUUAUUUGCUCCACAGACAGGAAGUUCAAGUUCAACUUGUAGUAGUGCAUCAAUUAGUUUCACACCAAGCAUAUCUAUUGGCGCAUCGUCUAUGUCUGCCAUUAAUUCUACUUCUGCAUUGGGAACAGGAACAUCUACAUUUGGGCAAAAGCCUUUGUUUGGAGAAUUGAAAUCAUCAAGCUUGUUUCCAUUAAAUCCUUUUGGGAACACUUUUAGUGGGACAGGACUUACUUUUGUAAGUCAACCUUUUAGUGCAAUUAGUACAUCUACAUGUGGUUCCACUUUGACAUCAACAUUCUGUACCACAACUCCAAAAUUUGGUGCAAUGAAUACAAAUGGAAUAGGUUCUCCUAGUAAUCCAAUUACUUUUGGAGGAACCUCAACUUUAACAUUUGGAAGUACUACAUCUCCUUUUAUUUCUCAAAUUUCCCUAUCAGGAAAAUCUUUAUUCAGGCAGAAGUCUUUAUUCAGGCAUAGGUCACAAAGCCCUGCUCGAGGAGAUUCUUUAGAACAGCUGAACCAGCUUUUGGGACAACGUUUUGAUGCAGCCACUCCACUUGCAUUUGGAAAAUCUACAUCAAGGCAAAAGUCUUCAUUUAGAAGAUUUGGAUCACCAAACCCUACUCAAUCAAGUUCUUAUGGAAGUCCUCUUGGUGCAAAUAGUACCUCUGCACUUGGUUUCACUUCGGCACCAGCAUUUGGUAGCAAGACAUCAUCAUUCAGUAUGAUGAAUGUGACGACAUUUGAUGCUCCCAGUAUUUCAGGUUUCAAGCCUUCAAGUCUCCAUUCCUCAGAAUUUUCCUUCAACAAAUGUGCCAGCUGUCAUAGGAACACUUCUUGUCAGACAGAACCUGCUUUUACUUUCGGUGCAGCUAUUCAACCUGCAUCUAGUGUAACCAGUAUACCAGCAUUCGGUUCCACUUCUAUACCAGAACCUGGUACGAUGAACACAUCAUUUGGUGCAACCAGUACCUCAAGUAUGUGCUCCUUUAAGUUUCAUAGCUCACCUGAUUUUCAUGUAUCGGCUACUGCUGUUGGAGCAACCCCGGCUACAAUAUUUGCUAGCAGUCCUUCUACGAGCACUUGUCAGACAGAAUCUAUUCAACCGUUUCUCACAAGUAUUCAACCUGCAAGUAUAUCAGCAUUUUGUUCCACUUCUAUACCAGCAUUUGGUACAAUCACGCCAUUUGAUGCAACAACUGCGCCAGCAUUUGGUACUCAUAUUUUUUCAACUAGUGAGGCUUCAAGUAUGCGUUCCUUUGGGUUCUGUAGCACUCCUGCUUUUAGUCUAUCAGCUACAUCUGUCGGGCAAACCUCAGCUGCCAAAUUUGCCAGCAGUCCUAGAAGCACUUCCUAUCAAACAGAAUCUGGUUGCAGGACUCAACCAAUUGCUGCAGCUAUUCAACCCUUUAAAGCAGUUGGUUCGGUUUCUAUUCCAACAUUUACAUUUGGUACAACAAAUUUACCAACGGUUUGUAGUACCAGCACUUCAAUUAGUGAGGCUUCAAGUUUGCCAUCCUUUGGAUUUUGCAGCACUCCUGCUUUUGAUCUAUCAGCUACUGCUUUUGGAGCAACCGCUCCAACAUUUCGAUUUAAUGCAUCUAAACAUGGUUCUCAGGGUUCAACAUCAGGAACCCAAUCCACGACAUCUACUUUCAUUACCGAAGCUUUUGGGCGAAUAUCUUCUGGCAAUCUACGUGGAAGUGGGCUGACAUCAUACAAAGCUACAGAUGAGGCAGAUAAUUGGAAGACGCCAGGAAAGUUUAUUUCUAUAUCUGCAAUGCCUGAAUUCGGAGACCAAAGUCAUGAGGAACUGAGAUUUGCAGAUUACCAACUGGGAAAUAAGGGUAGCAAGGAAAUAAUUAAAUUCAGUGGAUUAACAAUUGGGAAAUAAAGGUGACAAUAGUUUUGUAUGACAGCGUUGCUGCAGUUCAUUAAUUUGAAAAAAUCAUACAUUAAUUUCAACUCCAGUAUUUCUUUCAUCCGCCAACUAUUAUUGUGAUUUUGUUUCCACUAGUCUUUUCUCAUAUGCAGCAAUAAUCACAUUCGCGCGAAAGAAACAACUAACCAGGGAUAAUAGUUCUACUCACUUUGGU